GCUUUCUCCUCCUUUCCCCCCCUCUUGGAUGCUUUUCAGUGUCAGCGAUAUCUCCACUUCCACACCCCAACCCCAGCCCCCAGUUCAGAAUUGCCAUUUUCAAGUCCCCUUAUCAUACGAGUGUUCGUUACAGUCAAUAUACCAAGGUCUACAAGUGAGCCCUAAGAUGAGCCAGUAACAAUAUGUCACAGGCCAAGUCAAAAUUAGUCUGUGGUAUUGACUACGGCACGACGGGUACCGCCGCUGCUUGGGGCUAUGGUACUGACGAGCAAAGCAUAGAUUCACCCAUCUAUCAAGUGGAUGAAUGGCCAGUUCAAUCCCGGGCCAAACUGCCAUCGACAAUGCAGUACCCAAGUGGCAUGCAACCUCGAUGGGGAGUAGAGGCUACACCUGAGCUCGAAACUUUCAGGUGGACCAAACUCCUGUUAGACCCAGACUUGGAGUCAACAGAUUUCCGGGACGAGGAAUUGGAGAGGGUAUCGAGACAACGGAUCAUGCGGCUGCCAGCCGGAAAGUCGGCCGUGCGUGUCGUUGCCGACUACCUCAGCGGGAUCCGUAACUACCUGGAGCAGUCGUACAUUUUUAGUCAACCAAACAUCAAAAAGGAGUACUGGUUUUCCAUUCCGGCGGGCUGGUCCAACGAUGCACAAGUGCGGAUGAGUGAGGCUAUCCACUUGGCCGGGUUUGGUCAAAAACCGAAUGAGGAAGUUUGCCUUGUUACUGAAAGCGAGGCGUCCGCGAUAUCCAUCCUAGAGGCAUCUGGGGAACGAAGAAAGUCCGGAAGCACAUUUUGCGUGUGUGACGUGGGCGGGGGCACGGUUGACAUCUCCUGCUAUAUGAUCACGGAUGUAACUGCAACAUCGUAUUCACUCACGGAACUGAGCAGUGCCAUAGGCCCCAAGUCUGGGAGUACCAUCAUUGACAGAGAGUUCUUGAAGCUCAUGAGGCAUCGCUUCAACGCCUCCUUCAUAAAUCCGUUCAACGACGUCAAUUCUGAUCGCAGAGAAAUUCUCAUGAACGAUUUCAAAAACAGAAAGGAAGAGUUCACUGGAGAUGGAAGUAGCCAUCGUCUUGAAUUCCGGAUGGAAUGCUUUACGUCGCAAUGGUAUGACUCAACGACGGGUCAUAUAAUCUUGUCCGACAGCGAUAUGCGGGCAUUUUUUGACACCGUUGUCGGCCAAGUCUUCCAUCAUGUGAACGAUCAGGUGGACAAAGCCACUCGUGGCCACUUCAAGAUCGAUGAAUUGUUGAUGACUGGGGGGCUGAUGCGCUCUGAAUUUGCGCGGGAGGCAUUUUCGGAGGGGUUCAAAGAUGCAGGAUUUUCCAGGAUCUUGUUUUCCCAAGCACCUGAACUAUCUGCAUCUCUCGGUGCUGCGCGAAAGGGCCUGAGCGGCAUCGUCACGAAAAACCAGACAUGUAACAAGAGUUACUUCAUCGAAUGCUCAGGAUUACGGGAGGAACCCGGAAUAUGUCUGCAAGCUUUCAUUGAUGAGCCCGAUGCGCCCGCUAAACCCCAACAGAUUUUGGUCAAGGGCCAUGUCUACGAGGAAGAUAGACCCUACAAGACUGUAUUUCAUCUUUAUAGUCGCCCGGGGGAGCCCCCUGUCAAAACGUUCUUUCUGAAGAUGAGCGAUGGCCAAAAUUCGCGCGUACUGGCCCGGUUGACCUGCAAUUUGUCUGACAUACCCGCCGACGAACGCGCCCUACAACCUGCUGCUGCAGGCGGUGUAUACUCGCAUCAAUGCAUCUCUGUGACUGCGACAUUUCGUGUGAAGGGGUACCUGGAAAUCUCAGUGCAUACUAAAUGUAAGGUGUUGGCCCAAAAAAUGGUUCCUAGAAUAUGGAGUGAGCGUGCGGGUAAUUGAAAGGGUGAGUCUCUCUCGUGCGAUUUGCGGACUGUUAUGCGAUGAGUGGUAAGUAUGUGUUUCAAAACAUCCCAUAUAGAUUGGUAUCUGCUGGAGUUGUCUUGGAGUUUUGCUUUAUUUCUUUUCUAUUUUGUUCUUUUCUUCUCUCCCAUACGACUACUAUCUGUUUCUACAUCUCCCUAAUGUUUAAUGUCUAU